CUUAUAAUUUCUCGUCCCUCCAUCUCCACUCUCUCUCUUUCGAAACCCUAUUUCCCAAGGGGUUUUACACAAAACAAAACGCGGCAGUUUCCGUCACUUUCUUGGCAACCAAACAGGCCGCAAAGAUGGUGAAGAAGACAGAGAGGAAAGUAAACAUCUCCGGGAAGCCGAAGCACUCGCUGGACGCGAACCGUACCGAUGGAAAGAGCAAGAGCAAGGACGCGCGUACUGGGGCCACGGUUCGCCGGCUCAAAAUGUACAAGACGAGGCCCAAGCGUGACAGCAAGGGAAAGGUCUUGAGGAACGAUUUCCAGUCCAAGGAGCUGCCUAACACUCGUAUUCAACCUGAUCGCCGCUGGUUCGGGAAUACUCGGGUUGCAUCUCAGCAGCAGCUUGACAUUUUCCGCGAGGAGCACAGUAAAACGGUGGCUAGUAACUACAAUGUUAUUUUGAAGGGGAAGCAACUGCCCUUGUCCCUCUUGAAUGACCAUCAGAAGCAAACCAGAGUCCAUCUCCUAGAGAGAGAGUCAUUUUCCGAUGCAUUUGGACCUAAGACAAAGAGGAAGCGUCCAAAACUCAUCGCAGCAGAUUAUGAGUCCUUAGCUAAGAAAGCUGAUGGUUCUCAGGACGUGUUUCAGCAGAAGCAUGCUGAUGACAUUACCGCAGAAGGUAGUGAAGGGGAUGGUUUUAGGGACCUGGUCCGGCAUACAAUGUUUGAUAAGGGUCAAAGUAAACGUAUCUGGGGUGAGCUCUACAAAGUUAUUGACUCUUCAGAUGUUGUUGUCCAGGUUUUGGAUGCAAGGGAUCCACAAGGAACAAGAUGUUACCACUUAGAGAAGCAUUUGAAAGAGCAUUGCACACAUAAACACUUAGUUCUUUUGUUAAACAAGUGUGAUUUGGUUCCUUCGUGGGUGCUCAGCCGUUGGUUGAAUGUAUUAAAAAACGACUUUCCAACUAUUGCAUUUCAUGCUAGCGUCAACAAAUCAUUUGGCAAGGGAACUCUUCUAUCAGUGCUGAGACAAUUUGCUCGCUUGAAAAGUGACAAGCAAGCCAUUUCUGUGGGAUUCGUUGGGUAUCCCAAUGUUGGAAAGUCAUCUGUCAUCAACACAUUGCGAACAAAAAAUGUUUGCAAGGUUGCUCCUAUUCCAGGGGAGACUAAAGUGUGGCAAUAUAUAACACUCACAAAGAGGAUUUUCUUGAUUGAUUGCCCUGGAGUUGUCUAUCAAAGCGGUGACUCUGAAACAGAUAUUGUACUGAAGGGCGUGGUACGUGUCACAAAUUUGGAGGAUGCUACAGAACAUAUAGGAGAAGUAUUAAAACGAGUUAAGAAGAUCCACCUGGAAAGAGCAUAUAAGAUAAAGACCUGGGAUGAUGAUAAUGACUUCCUCUGUCAGCUGUGCAAGUUGUCAGGCAAACUUUUGAAGGGUGGUGAACCUGAUUUGAUGACUGCGGCAAAGAUGGUCCUCCAUGACUGGCAGAGGGGUAAGAUACCAUUUUUUGUGACCCCUCCGGAAAGAGAAUUGCCAUCAGAUGAGCCUGGUAUCAAUAACAUAGAAAACGACACCGCCGUAGAUAGCAAUCAGGAGUCAACUUACAAAGCCAUUGCGGAUAUUAUUUCGUCUCAGCAGCUAAGUAGUAUCCCUGUCCAAAAAGAUCUUUUUACUGAAGAAGAGUUGAAAGGCGACGAGGCCUAAACACCUUCUAGCCACUGAAGACCUAAACAGCUUCCAGCCACCAAAGCGGACACAUGAGCACAGCUUUCUCAUGCUGCAAAACAUCCGAGUAGUCUCGUACUGGAGGAUGAGACGUCCUAACAGCCUUAGGCCUUCGAGGAUGAGACAACUUUGUAGCUUCGAGCCACAAAUUACAAGUCCAAUGAUGUAGUCAUAUGGUUUUGUGCCAGAUAUGGUCGCCUUUUGUAGUCCAUAGACGUAAUGUUAGCAUGGGCAUUUUCUUUCAGACGAGCUUUAUCUCAAGAAUUUUGUAUGCUACUUAUUUAUGGCUGAUCACUGCCAAGGAUUGAAAUAUCGGCCGAUACACCGAUAUAUCGAUAUUUUCAACUGUCGACAUCGAUAUUGGGGGGUAAGGCCAUAUCUUCCCUUGUAUUGACGAUAUAUCCCCGAUAAGUGUGAUAUCCUCGAUAUUUUGCCGA